AUUCACCGGUAUUCUCUAUCGCCGUCUUUCUUGCGCCCUAAGUUUACAGCAACAAUGGUGAAGCUGGAGAACGAAACCAGCGAUGACGUAGUGAUCGGAAUCGACCUUGGGACGACCUAUUCAUGCGUCGCCGUCUCCCGCUACGGCAAGACGGAAAUCAUAGCAAACGACCAGGGAAACCGCACCACCCCUUCCUCCGUCGCCUUCACCGCCGCCCCCAACCCCGAGCGCCUCAUCGGCGACGCCGCCAAGAAUCAGGCCGCUCUCAACCCUCGCCGCACAAUCUUCGACGCCAAGCGCCUGAUCGGGAAGAAAUUCGACGAUCCGGAGGUCCAGAGCGACAUCAAAUUCCUGCCCUACCCUGUCGUCAACAGAGACGGCAAACCCUACGUCGAGGUAGAGUUUAAUUCCGCCCCCAAAGAGGUCAAAUCGUUCAGCCCCGAGGAAAUCAGCGCCAUGAUUUUGGGGAAGAUGAAGGAAACCGCUGAAUCGUACCUCGGGAAUCCAGUUACCGGCGCCGUCAUCACUGUGCCUGCCUACUUCAACGACGCGCAGAGGCAGUCCACGAAGGACGCCGGGAGAAUCGCGGGGCUCAACGUCCUCAGGAUCGUCAACGAGCCGACCGCGGCGGCGAUCGCCUACGGUAUGAACCACCAAAACCCUCUGAAGAGGAAGGCGGACUCACAAAAGGGUAAGAUUCUGGUCUACGAUUUGGGGGGCGGGACGUUUGACGUCAGCGUGCUGGAACUAGACGGCAGGGAGUUCUGUGUGCUGGCGAGCGGCGGAGACACUCAUCUCGGAGGUGGAGAUUUCGACCAGAGAGUGAUGGCGUAUUUCAUCAAUUUGAUCAAGAGGAAGCACGAUAGGGACAUUGGAGAGGACAGCAAGGCUCUGGGGAAGCUGCGGAAGGAAUGCGAGAGGGCGAAGAGGGUUUUGAGCAGCCAGAGCGAGACGAGGGUCGAGAUCGAUUCCCUUUCUCUGGGGCUCGAUUUCUCGGAGCCACUGACCAGAGCGAAGUUCGAGGAGCUGAAUCUGGACCUGUUCAAGAAGACGCUGGAGCUGGUGGAUGCGACAUUGCUGGAUGCGAAGCUCGAGAAGGGGGAGAUCGACGAGAUCGUGUUGGUGGGAGGAAGCACCAGGAUCGUGAGGCUGAGGGAGAUGCUGAAGGAGAUGUUCAACGGGAAGGAGCCCAACAAAGGAGUGAACCCUGACGAAGCUGUGGCUUAUGGUGCUGCCAUGUUAGGAGCCAAGCUGAGUGGACUAGCUACUAGAUACGAUGGUAUUGCUCUGUUCGACGUAACUCCCUUGAGUUUGGGGGUUAGCGUUUUAGGUGAUCAGAUGCUGACUGUGAUCCCAAGAAACACUACGAUUCCGGCAAAGAUGCCAAAGACUUUGGUGACUACAGUGGACCGGCAGACCAUUAUGAGCUUUAAGAUCCUCCAAGGUGAAAGAACUCUAGCCAAGGACUGCCUUCAGCUUGGAAGUUGUACUGUUCGCGGCAUUCCACCGGCUCCAAGGGAUGUUGCUCAAUUGGAGGUCACGUUUGAGGUCAAUGCAGAUGGAAUACUAAGUGUAGUUAGUCUAAACAAAGCGACAAGGGAAUCUCAAACCUUGGUCUUUGACGAUUACAAAGGGAAUUUGACAAAGGAAGAAGUCGAGAAGAUGAUAAGGGUGGCAGCGGAGAUGGCUGAGGAAGACAAAAAGGCGAAAGAGCGUAUUGAAGCGAGGAACCGCUUGGAGAGGUACAUAUAUGAUGUCAAGCACGCUGUGGGCCAUGUUAACGUCUGUUGGGAUCAACGUGACAAGACCAACGUAGAGAUUGCAUUGAGAGAAGCUUCAGACUGGUUUGAUGGAAAUGGGAGGAAUCCAUUGUCGUCCAAGGAAGAUUUCGAGAGGACGAUGAAGAAGCUGGAAGAUGUAUGGAAUCCGAUUAUAAAAAAGGUUUAUAUUUUGAUUGAUGACUGACACGGAGAUGGAUCAAAACAUGGUAAGCUAGUGGUUGUCGCAUUGCUUGUUAUAGUCGUCAAGUAGUGUUUGAUUUAGUCAUGGUUUGUUUAUGUAAUCUUGUUUAUUGUAACCCAGACUAUAAUAAGCAAGGUUAAUUUCGCGGUCAUAUUGCUCAACUGUCGUUUUCUUAGUUUUGGUUUUAAUUGAC